AGGAUAACAGCUAUUGUUUGGGCGGCAGUGGCUGUGACCGUGCUGGCCGAUGUUGCUUCAGCCCAAGAAGUGCGUAGGGCUCCUUCAAUGGGCUUCAUGGGGAUGAGAGGAAAAAAGGAUAUCUUCCCUGAUGAUGAAAAUAGCAUUGAGGAAUUUAAGCGAGCCCCUCUCAUGGGCUUCCAGGGAGUGCGUGGUAAGAAAGCGCCAUCUAUGGGAUUCAUGGGGAUGCGAGGAAAGAAAGAUGAAGACCAAGACUUAUGGGAUGAAGAGAAGAGAGCUCCCUCUUCUGGUUUCUUCGGUAUGAGAGGAAAGAAAGCCCCUGCAGCUGGCUUCUUCGGAAUGAGAGGGAAGAAAGGCCCAAGCUCAGGAUUCUUUGGUAUGAGAGGCAAGAAGGGACCUUCUGGCUUCCUUGGGAUGAGGGGAAAGAAGGAAAGCAUUGAUGACAUUGAUUCUCUUCUCCAAUAUCUCAGGGACUCAGAAGCAAGGCAAGAUGUAGAAGACAUGAUGGAGACAAGGGCUAAAAGAUUCGUGGAUGACUCCUUCCAAGAACCCCAAAGCCAACAAGAUUUCCUUUAG